AUGAAAAAUCUCUACCAUGCCGAUGAGCAGUUCCUGGGAUUUUUUAAGCGGAACACCGAGAACUUGGACAACGCCUUUCUAUUUUUCACCAGCGAUCACGGACCAAAAAGUGAAGGAAUUGGGAAAGUACUUCUCGGGCAAUACGAGGCGAACAACCCUUUUCUUAUCGUGUCGGUUCCAAAGAGAUUCCGAAACACUGUUAUUCACGACCAGCUGAGGAACAAAUCGAAAAUGCUCAUGACUCCCUUCGAUUUACAUGCCACAUUCAUGGACAUUUUGAAGCUGCAGCCAUCUACAAACUUCUCGGACACAUCAUACCGUAAUAUGGAACCGUUAAGUAAAGGUUCGUCACUUUUCCGUGAAUGGCGUGAAGCAAGAAAUUGUCGUACACUUCCGAUUCCGUCCCACUACUGCCUUUGCCAGUACAACACGACAGACAUUAAAGCUGACCCAGCGGUGUCGAAAGCAGGUGAAUUUCUUGCAGAACAGUUGAACGUGUUGCUGCAGAACGAAGAGCUCGGUGAGAAGUGUCGGAACCAGUCCUACUUGUCGGUUGGUGCAUUUUGA